AUGGCUUCUGGGUCAUACCUAACCUCGGCGCAGCAGACCCGAAAUUCCCGGGGUGAUCGCAUAUUACCGAGAACAGCAUCAGGCAACAACAAUAGCAGCAGCAGCAGCAGACGAAUGGUUCAUAACCCCGGGGGUAGCCAACGUUCGUUAUCUCCCAUUAAUCGACGACAAAUCACCAUGGGAUCCUCACAGCAGCUGCAGGGUAGCUACCGCGGCAUGAAACGAACACAGACGGCCCCUGUACCCCCCAAGACGAGCCAUACGGGUCCUCCUACUGCUGCUGCCCCGACAAUGAGACGCAAUCAAACCGCUCCCAUUCAUCAUACUACUGCUACAAACACGAAACCCAAACCACGCCGUCUGCUCGUCGAUUAUUCCAAGAAACGAGCCAAUUUGACGCAGGGACGACAGACCCAAUCGGAGCGCACCUUGCUACCCCCGAGAACCAAGUCGUUGGACCAGCUGCCAGACAACCGAGGCUCCUUUGCUACAGCCCAUUCCUAUCAUGAUCGUCCCAAUUCCGAUCGAAAUUUAGCGGCUACUGCCAGUUCGGCUACUGCUGGUCCCACUAAUAUUCCAAGGGGUGUGUUGAAUCGCCACAAUACCACGGGCAUGUCACGAUCGCAAAGUGCACGAGAAGUGGUAGAUUGGCACGUUUUAAAUUCCACGUUGGACUGGGAAAAAGAAGAAGAGAAAACCCGGCAAUCCAUUGCUUCACAGCACGCUUCUUCGAAUACCCGGAGAGGGAGACGACGAAUACAACAUCAGCAGCCACAACAGCAAGAGAGCAGUAGCUGCUCCAAUCUGCUACGCAAGUCAUUCUUGACCAAACCAUUGGGAACCAGUUCCAGUCAUUUACAAGGGACCGAGUUUGAAUUUACACCCUCCUUUGGUGGGAAUAAUAGUUAUGAUGAUGACAAUGAUCAACGUGGAAGGCAGCAACACAAUCAUCAGACCAUUGCCAUUUCCCGAAGAGCUUCCCUUUCUCCCAAGAGAAAGAAUGUCAGUCCCAAACUGGCAGAACAACGCAAAAAAUCCAUCAUGAUUAGUCCCCAACAAAGGAAAAAUGGAUUGGCUACAUCGCCAGCGCUCAUGGACGACGAAUCCAUGCGAUUGGGAGAUGUCUUUGGGAGUAGCAGUCGCAUGGAUAAUAGUAGCAGUAAUGACGGCAACAGCCGGCGUCGGCAACAAGAACCACAAGAAGAAGAUGAACCCGCCGAUGAUUUCUUUUCACGCUUGGACAAGGAAGCUCAAAUGCCCAAUCACGUGCAACCAUUGAAUCAAGAACGACUCUAUCGCAGCAUGUCCGCAUUGGCCAACACGUUGGUGGUUCCACCCAAACUAGUGUCAUUAGAGCAACAACAACCAAGAGACAGCAAUGUCAGUGUCCUUUCCACCGCUUCUUAUUUGAAAGACGACAGUCAUGAUGAGGAAGAUGACCAGCAACUUCAACGAAAUGGCAGCCACAAUAGCAACAUGGAUGCUUCCGUCGGUGAUGAUGUCAGUGUCGCCAGUGUUGGGAGCUUGUCGUUUCGCAGAACGUCAGGGGACAAGAAUAAAAGAAAUGGGAGUCAUCAUUUGAAGGGAUCACUGGCGGGGUUGCCGUCGUGGGAUGGAGAUUUUGACAAUUCACUGUCUUCUUCCUUUUCGUCUCAUUGGGAACCCAUGUCGGACAUGUCGUCGGUCGUGAGUAAUAAUAAUAAUGAAAUGGAAAAGAACCAUUCUCGACGAUCACAACAGCAACAACAAUCCAAUAAUACUCCCGGAUCUUCCCCGACCAAGCCGCGAACGUUGGCGUCUUCCCCCACGAAGCAGCGUAACUCAGGCGCAUCGCCCACUGGAAACAACAAGCAACGUUCCUCGGCUGCUUCCAGAAAAAUGAGAGUGUCGAACAAGGCAGCAGCGUCUACAGCUCUAGGAAUUAAAGAAGAUGAGGAGGACGACGAGGAAGAGGAUCUCCUUUUUUUGCCCAAAUCGAUGCAACCAGCACGAUCGCCGCUGGAUGAUUCUUCGAGCAACAACAAGAGAGGUGGCAGGUCUCGAUCUUCUGCAAAUAGUUAG